UGGAGAGGUGGAACAGGAGGGUCUGAGGCGAUGUUUGCCGGGCUCCCCGUCUGAUUGGACCGGCGGAGGAUGAUGUCAGACGACCGCAUGCGUCCCGGAUUGGAGAGAGCGGAGUAAACAAAGCCGCGAGGCGGAGGUGAACGAGGAGAGGUCUCCACAUCUCCAGACAGUUCGACCGACACACCGAAUCCCGCUUUUUACGCACAGGAGAGGGCCGCCCCGCCGGCGCGUCCUCAUCUUUUAAAUUCUUAACAUUUCCACGGGCAGUCCCCCUUAAAUGGUGGCGCGCUAAAAUAUUUUGGGCGGGGGGGGAACUAAAAGGAACUUGUCUUUUAAUCCGGACACUGCGCACUUUUCCCGUUUCCAAACUCGGCGCGCAGCUGUUCUUCGAUAAGUGUCGAAAGGAUUUGCGUUAUCGUUGUGUUUUUAUCUCAUUUUACGUCGGCGCCGCUGCAGUUGUGAAAGGAAAAAGAGAAGAAAAAAAGUUGAAUCAGGGUUAGACACGCGCCGGCUGUGCCGGGCGUACGUUUGGAGAGUUUUUUAAAGUCAGAAUUUUUCUGAGCAUGAUUGGAAGAAUACAAAGACAGAAGAGAGACCAGAAGUAAGAAAGUCACCCGGGACCCUCUGAGGUGUGUCUGCAGGAGCCUCCAGGUGUUCCGCCAAGCGCAGCGGAAUCUGCAGCUCGGGUCGGCGGAGCUGACAUGCUGCCCAAAGUCGAGACUGAAUCCCUGGGACUCUCUCGAUCGUAUGGGGAACAGGGACACAUGCCAAGAAACAUGCAAGGUGCGUUUUGAUGAAUGAAAGUGGAGUUUUUGAUAAACUGAUAUUGCAUUUGUGUGUGUUUGCAUGCAGCACCUCAGUUAAAAAUGAUGGACUACUCCUAUGACGAGGAUCUGGACGAGAUGUGUCCCGUGUGCGGAGACAAGGUUUCAGGGUACCACUAUGGACUGCUCACCUGUGAGAGCUGCAAGGGCUUUUUCAAACGCACCGUCCAGAACAACAAGCGCUACACAUGUAUAGAGAACCAGAGCUGCCAGAUUGACAAGACCCAGAGGAAGCGCUGCCCCUACUGUCGCUUCCAAAAGUGCCUCACUGUCGGCAUGAAGCUCGAAGCUGUGCGGGCGGAUCGCAUGCGUGGUGGUCGCAACAAGUUUGGCCCAAUGUACAAACGCGACCGGGCCCUCAAGCAGCAAAAGAAGGCUUUGAUCCGAGCCAAUGGCCUGAAGAUUGAGGCCAUGAGCCAGGUGAUGCAGGCCGUGCCAACUGAUCUCACGAUCUCUUCUGCUAUCCAGAACAUCCACUCAGCCGCCUCCAAGGGCCUUCCACUGAGUCACCAUACGGGCCACCACACAUCUCACCACCACCACCAUCACCACCACCAUCAUGCCACCGCUCUGCCCCCCACAGACUAUGACCGCAGUCCUUUUGUCACUUCGCCAGUCAGCAUGGCAAUGCCGCCGCAUGCCGGCAGCCUUCAAGGCUACCAGGCUGCUUAUGGACACUUCCAGAGCACCCGUACCAUCAAGUCUGAGUACCCAGAUGCGUACACCAGUUCGCCAGAGUCCAUCAUGGGCUACGCCUAUGUUGAUGCCUACCAAUCGGGUUCACCACCCAGCUUCCCCCACCUGAUCGUGGAGCUGCUUAAGUGUGAGCCAGAUGAGCCGCAAGUCCAGGCCAAGAUUCUGGCAUACUUGCAGCAGGAACAGGCCAGCCGGGGGAAACAUGAGAAGCUCAACACCUUUGGCCUCAUGUGCAAGAUGGCCGACCAGACACUCUUCUCUAUUGUAGAGUGGGCACGUAGCAGCGUCUUCUUCCGUGAACUGAAGGUGGACGAUCAGAUGAAGCUGCUACAAAACUGCUGGAGUGAACUCCUCAUUCUUGACCACAUUUUCCGGCAGGUGGUGCAUGCUAAGGAGGGAUCCAUCUUAUUGGUCACCGGCCAGCAGGUGGACUAUGCAGUGAUCGCUUCGCAGGCGGGAGCCACCCUCAACAACCUGUUGAGCCAUGCCCAGGAGCUAGUUGCCAAACUUCGCUCCCUGCAGCUGGACCAACGGGAGUUUGUCUGCCUCAAGUUCCUGGUUCUUUUCAGUCUGGAUGUAAAGAACCUUGAGAACUUCCACCUAGUGGAAAGCGUCCAGGAGCAGGUCAAUGCUGCACUGCUGGACUACGUCAUGUGUAACUACCCACAGCAAACGGACAAGUUUGGCCAGCUUCUCCUCCGGCUGCCCGAGAUCCGAGCCAUCAGCCUACAGGCUGAAGAAUACCUCUACUACAAACACCUGAACGGCGACGUGCCCUGCAACAACCUCCUUAUUGAGAUGCUCCAUGCCAAGAGAGCUUAAGAGGUCACAAUGCUGCUGUGUGAUCUUCAAACUAAUUCUUUUGCCAAAUGUAGCUCACGCCUCCAGUUUCUGGCUCAACUACAUGACACUUUGGAGGGUGGGGAGCGGAGACUGUUAGCAACUUCUCUUUGUAUUUGAUUCGUUUUCAUGUUCAAGCCACCACUUGAAGUGACAUCCAAGAACAGACUGAUGUUACAUAGAAGCAACAUGUGGGUUCCUUUGUUCUGGGAGAGGAAUAAAUCUGUAAGAGCCACUUCUCAACAUAUAUAAAGACUAAAUUUAAAGGAAAGAAAAACCUUUAAGGAAACAGUUAUCAUCUGCACAAGACUUAAAGACAAAAGCCUGGAGUGUUUCAGUGCUGUAACACUACAGUCGGCUUAUUUGUGCUGAGAAAAGAAGCUCUGUAAGACUGGCCAUCAUUCACAGCAGUUUUGCAACAAUAUCACAUGCUCUCUGCACCAAAGCCAGCUUUCAGCCACUGGUGGUACUGUAAAAAAAAAAAAAAGUUCAGGCUGGAAACCAGGCUGGAAACUCUUAUCAUGUCAUCUUUUUGGAACUCAUUCAAGAUCUGUCACAAGGAAGGACUGAGGCUUAAAACAAUUAAGGUCUGAAAAGGAACCUCCAUCAGUGAGAACAAAAUGAUAAAUAGGCAGAUAAGAAGAAAAAUAAGUUUUUUUCCCACAUUUAAAUUGAAGUCGCUCGCUCUUCAUAGUCAACCUGCAGAUCCAUGUUUUUAUUUCACUUCCCAGAAUCAUUUUAAACUAUGUACCUCAGCAAAACCAGUGUUAAACUCUGCAAAAUAAAUUAAAUGAAUAAUAUAAAAUGAAUCAUUUGUAUUUAUAGCAGGUUUUUUUUUUCCUAUUGAAGAAAAAGAAAAACAUCUUUCAUUAAAAGUGGAACAAAGUGUGAUUCUGGACAUGGAAAAAAGGAUUGAGACCCCAUCUUUAUUCAGAAUGACCAAAGCCUGCUGCCGAACAGAAGGAUUUUUUUUAAAAUCAGUAUUACAAGGAAAAAAAAAUCUGUGUGAUGUCACAGUUACGUGAGUCUUGCCUUAUUUCAUUUACCAUGCUAGCUAACUGUGCAGAUGUGAAUGAAAAUGUGUACAAAUAUACAUAUAUAUAUAGAUAUAUAAAGUUUAAUGUUGUAAAAAAAAAAUAAAUAAAAAAAUAAAUUCAACAGGUGUUUACAUUCAUGUGGUCAUAUGGGCAAGAACUGUGACAAAGCAUAAAUUGCAAAGCAAUGAUUUCCUAAAAAAUGGAAUUGAGAAAAUGAAAAAAAAAUCCCUCUGGUUUGCUUUGGUGUGUGUACAGUGUUUUAUUUUCAUUUCUUCUCAGCAGUACUUAGAUGAUGUCGUGAGACACUAAAAUCAGAAAGGAAUCACAUAAUUAAAUUUCUAUUUGUCUGCUGGGAUUCAAGCGAUUGUUUCUAAUGCAUUGCUGUAUAGGGGUUGUGUUUCGUUUUUUGUAGAAUGUUUUUAUUUUUUACAGUGCUCUUAUCUUUUUGAUGUACAGUAUGUCACUGGUUACGCUUAAUAAUGAAGAUAAUUUAUUGCAUCUCUGGGUGUCCAUCUUUGUGUUACAUGACGUGAGGUGUCUGCGCCACAAUAAAUUUGGUUACUGUAGCA